AUGUUGCCUGCUCCGUUUGCCCCGAACAGAAGUCGAGAGCGCAAAAUUGCCCCCCAGAAUUCAGAGGGCAGCCUGGGCACCCACGCUCAGACUCAGAUCGAGGUGCUCGCUGACGACGACGAGUCUGCGUUAACUGAGCGUGAGGACUUUGAUCGCCAGUUCUUUAGCCUGGUGGCACUCACGCGCAGCCUGCUCGGCGUUUCGUUCAACGGUGCUGGGUCUGAGGCGGGCUUCAAAGAUGCUGACUCAGGAAAGCAGACUGCUAUGGUGAACGUGAUCAGCGCGACCGGUAAGAAGUACGCAGCCCGUCUAUUGCUGGACAACGGUAGUACGGCGAAUUUUAUAACGCAAAGCUUAUCAGAGAAACUGGGUUUGUCACUAAGCGGUGCGAGCACCAAGAGGGGAAGUGAAGCCUGGAUCCCUGGUCCUCAUCAAGGA